AUGGAUAACCGCGGCUCGUUUUUCUUGUUCGUGCUGGCUUUCUACAUCCUCUUGAGCUAUCAGCCGCGCUCCCCCUUGAUUGAAGAAGAUCGGGAACACCGACGCGAGCUUGACCGCGAGCAACAUGCGCUCCGGUUUAUGAAUGGGUCGCAUCACGGCGACCUGGACCCACUCGCAGAUAAAUGGCUCCCAUUCUCAGGAUUAAGGAAAAAUGACAGCUAUGCAUGGGAUCUUUUACCCCAGGUGCAAAGCCGUGCUCGCCACCAGUUACAAUCGGCCAUCACAAGCGCUGGACUAGAACCUCCGAAUGGUCUAGAAGACCCCACUGUAUCACCCACUCUGAACUUGACCAAUCUCCUGCUUCCAGUAUAUCGCAACUCGACAGGCAAGCUUCGAGGAGACUGGGUUCGACGGUCUGAUGGCUUGGAUCGCCGUGAACCACUCAACACGACUGCGCUCGCCGAGGAGCAUGAAUACUUGACUCUCGAUUUCAGCCAGAACAUUACUGGCAGCCGAGGCACCUUCUACUUCGAUAUCGAAGAAGGGGGCGGCGAAGAGCUCCAGAUGGGCAAUGGAAUUGUGAGGGAAAUGCAAGCAGUCUUGACAGUGGAAAGUGAAGAUCUCUGGGGUAGUACUCGGAGUCUUUCCCUGUUUGGUGUACACUUCCCAGAAACCGGAAGCAUUGUUUUCAGCACAUCAAGUGAGAAGUAUGGAGGAAUUUUUGCAUUGCCACACUUGAUGCUUUCUUCCGACACCUUUGAACUAUCCCAUCAGCUACUUAUGCAGUCGCUGUCAGAUGCCAUCUCGGAGAAGAGUAGUCGACCCCCGACUCUGUUUCCCUGGUCUCGACUUGCGGGCACAUCGCAGCUCGAGUUUCCAUCCCCCAGCUGUGAACACAUCGUCUACCUUCAGCAACAUCCUGUCAUGCUGGGAGAUUCCCCUGCCGACAGAUUGCUCUUGGAACGAAUCGAACAAGAGCUCCGAUAUCCCAUGGGAGCACCACUCCCAGAGCCUCCUCUCAUGGUCAUGUCUGCCGUUGUCUUUUCCCCGGACUGCGGGUAUAUACUUGAAACGAAGGGAACUCCUGAAUUCCCGCCUUCUGAUUCGUUGUAUCUCACCGGACCAAAGCAAGAAGAAUACGCAAAAUACGCAUCGCAUCUCAUAUUUGUGGUUUCUGGUGUCUUCGUUGCGCAGCUUAUGUUGCUCGUGCGCCAAUACAAAGAGACUUCGACUCCCUCCACGCGGAGUCGGGUGAGCUUUUAUACAAUUGCAAUGAUGGGGCUCGGUGAUGCGUUGAUUAUAUUGUUCAUUGUUUUGGAGCUAUACGCGUCAGUAUCGCUCCUGAUCCUGGCAACUGUGUUCUUUAUAGCAAUCCUUUCUGUAUCCUACAUCGGGAUGAAGUUCAUGAUGGACAUUUGGCUUGUGCAAGAGCCGGAAAGAAGAGAGCAAGAGCGUCCCUCAAGCACGCCGGCUCAGACUGCGCGCCCCGACACAUUGCCUUUGCCAGUUACUGCCCCGGCAGUGCGAGACACUGGGGCCACACCAAUCAUCUUGCCACCCGAUCAAGAUGCCCCCGAAGAUGAGCUAGAUACGCCAGCCCCCGUUGCACGAACUACACCUCCGACGCCGACUCAACUACUCAACGAUGGCGCGGUAAUGUACGCGCGGUUUUACUUUGCAUUGGCCUCAAUGUUCUUUAUCUCCCUUUGGGCCUACUUCUUGCCAAGACGUGUCGGGUCGAUCUAUGCACGUUCCUUGGCAGCAGUCUAUCUGUCUUUCUGGAUUCCCCAGAUCUAUCGGAACGCGAUGCGAAACUGCCGCAAGGCUCUCCGGUGGGACUUUGUCAUUGGACAGAGUCUUUUACGACUCUUUCCUUUCACAUACUUCCUCACAGCCCGCGGAAAUGUAUUGUUCAUCCAACCCGACUAUACAACUGCAUGUGUGAUGAUCGGAUGGGUAUGGAUUCAAGCCUGGGUGUUGGCCAGUCAAGAUAUCCUUGGGCCACGCUUCUUUGUGCCUCGUGGCUGGGCACCCCCAGCAUAUGAUUAUCAUCCCACGCUACGCGAUAUGUCCGGAGCGGACGAAGAUCUUGAGGCCGGCGGUGGCGAUUUAUCGAUUGCAUCUUUACGAGCCGAUGAGCGAGAUCUAGUCAGCGACACCAAAGAUGACGACAAGCAGCGGAAGGACCGCAAGAAGGCUAUGUUUGACUGCGCCAUCUGCAUGCAAGAUAUCGAGGUGCCCGUCCUUCCCGCGCCUUCUGCUUCCGGUGGGAGUAGCGUGACCGAUGGCGCAUCCAGUAUCUUGAGUCGGCGGUUUUACAUGGUUACGCCUUGUCGUCAUAUUUUCCACACUGCUUGCCUGGAAAGCUGGAUGAGACUGCGUCUCCAGUGUCCGAUCUGUCGGGAAUCCAUUCCCCCUGUAUAA